GCGAUCAUCUCGACGUUGUAUCGCUCGACACGGAAGCCCUCACAGUUAUCGUAAUAGUUAUCGCUGCCGUCGCACGUAUACCACGCGACGCGGUUUACAAUAAUAGAACACUCUCUAGUGUGUUGAAUCUGUUCGACGAAUUAUUCGUUUCAAUCGCACGCCGGUGGAUUAUUAUUUUAUUGUUAUCCGAAAACCGUUGCUGAUUCAAAAUUGGACAUCAUGACUUCCGGAGUGGCGACAGCCGAAGACCCGCUGUCGAAGGGAUCGCCCUUGUCCUCAGACACAGUGUGCUCUCAAAAAAAGACCAACGAGAAUAAUCGAAGGAGUAAUAAGCCCAUUAUGGAAAAGAAAAGAAGAGCAAGAAUUAACAAUUGUCUAAACGAAUUGAAGUCGCUCAUUUUAGACGCAACGAAAAAAGACCCAGCAAGACACUCGAAAUUAGAAAAAGCUGAUAUUUUAGAAAUGACUGUAAAACAUUUGGAAUCCAUGCAAAAACAAGGCGUUGCUUUAUCAAAUGUUUCGGAUCCGUCAGUAGCCAAUAAGUUUAAGGCUGGAUUUACCGAAUGCACAAACGAAGUGAGCCGGUUCCCUGGACUAGAGCCCAACGUCCGCAACAGACUGAUGCAGCACUUGACCACUUAUUUUAACAAAGAAGUGUCUAGCGGUACUGGUCCUAAACUACCACCGCGGGCGUCUGCAGAUACAGCCAACCUUCAAUUGCACCUGGAUUCCAGUCAAAACGCUAUACUUUUGGGUUCGGCAGGAUCGACUUGCGGUGUUCAACUUGUACCCACAAGAUUACCCAACGGUGACAUUGCAUUGAUACUGCCAUCGAGACCCGCAGAACAAACUCCCCCACCUCCUCCGCCGUUAUCGCUCGUUAUUCCUACUCCGCCAUCCACCAGGUCCGAAUCGUCGGGCACGGAGUCUCCUAUGCCCGACAGGCCUUCUUCGUGUUACUCGAUGGUCAGCUGUGAUAGUUCCGAUUCAUACAGCCAAUCAGAUCUGCCCUUGGCGUUAGUAACUAAACAAAGAAAUGAAGAAAACAAAUCUGACCUCGAACAGCCGUGGAGACCGUGGUAGCACGAUUGUGAAUUAAUCUUAUAUAUGAUUAAGAAGCAACUCUCAUUAAGAUUAAUUUAUCAUCUAUUUUGAAAUAAUGUGCGCACAUGUAUUGUUUGUUAAACUGUUAAUGACAAAUUUUUUCUUUGUGCCAUGUAAUAUUUCGUAUAAAUAAAAUCGUUAAAUUUGAAAGAAAAAAGGCUGGUAGUGCAUAACUAUUUAAUAAGACAGUUAUUAUUUUAUUGUUUUUAAUGUUAUUAUUUGCUAAUUUAAUAAAUUAUAUGUGCAAAAUGUUUUAUUUUUGUUUAAUCAUUAUAAAUAUAAAGCUCAACAAGAUAACUGGUUCGUGCAAUUGACCUAAUGGCAAAGCAUAAUUUCGUUUUCAAUGAGAAUGCUUUCCAAGCACAAUAAAAUGUAACUGAUAGGAUUUAUUUGAAUUCUAUUUAAUAAUGUAAACGAUUAACUUUCCUAUUGUACCACGUAGAGUUUAAUCAUUUUUGUAAUGUAUGUAACUUGAUAAUGAUAAGUCGAAUUCAUUACUUAAUAAACCUACUGUAAUAAUUUAAGAAAUAGAUUUGUUAGAUAAUUUUAAGAACGUGUUGUUAUCAGGUUUUAACUGUCCUAUAAUUCCUUAAUAUUGUUUAUUUUGUUAACUUAAUUCUAUAUAUGUAAAUAUUAAUUUCAUAAUUUAACUGUUAUCAUACAAUUUUAUGUCAUGGCCGCAACAACAAUCACAAUGUCUUCCAAUUAUGACCACCUAAAAUUGUAUAUUUUUUUUUAAUUAACUUACUUUUAGAGGUGUAACUAUUUAGAACUGAUCUUAUUUUUAAUAAAUCAUAGAUUUUAAAAGUACAUAUAUAAUGUCAUAAGUGAAAUUGACUUUAAAUAAAAUUAUACAUAAUGUA